AGGAAAGUCGCGCUAGGUGCCCAUCGGUAGCAGUGGGGGAGGGGUGGCGGGUCCUCUGUUUAUUUCAGUCCCUGAAAUCUCAGCCCUGGGAGCUGCAGAUUAAACGUGCUGGUAUCCAUCUGCUUUGAUCGUUGCUUGUUCCCUCCAAGUAACCAUCUUCUUAGAAGGUAGCGAAGCGCUGGCAAGUUUGCUGCAAAUGGCCAGAGUUUCUUGGUGUUGGAUCAACAGAGAUUCGCAAAAGAGAUUUUGCCCAAAUACUUCAAGCACAACAACAUGGCAAGCUUUGUCAGACAGUUAAAUAUGUAUGGCUUCCGUAAAGUGGUCCAUGUUGAAUCUGGGAUUGUCAAACUGGAGCGAGAUGGUCCAGUAGAGUUUCAGCACCCGUAUUUUAAGCAGGGCCGGGAGGACUUGUUGGAACACAUUAAAAGGAAGGUUUCUUCGAGACCUGAAGAAAACAAGAUACGUCAGGAAGAUAUCUCCAAAAUAAUAAGUAAUGCUCAAAAGGUGCAAAUUAAACAAGAAACUAUUGAAUCUCGUUUGUCUGCUUUGAAGAGGGAGAAUGAAUCCCUUUGGAGGGAGGUGACAGAAUUGAGAACAAAACACUUGCAACAACAGCAAGUUAUUCGGAAGAUUGUACAAUUUAUUGUCACCUUGGUGCAGAAUAACCAGCUAGUGAGCCUAAAACGCAAGAGGCCUCUACUUCUGAACACUAAUGGGCCUACAAAGUCAAAUGUGUUUCAACAAAUUGUGAAAGAACCAGCUGAUAGUAACCACCAUGUACCUCUCAAGAGAAAUGAGGGCUUAAAACAAAGGGAACAGAUUUCAGAUGAUAUAAUUAUUUAUGAUGUCACUGAGGAUGUGGGUGAUGAAGAAAACCCCAUGGGUGAUGAAGAACAUUUUCCCAUUACACCAGAAGCCAGUGAAGAUACCACUUCAGAUUCUUCCAACUGUAGUCAUUCUCCUGAUAUUGUAAUUGUGGAAGAUGAUAACGAAGAUGAAUACGCCCCUGUAAUUCAAGGGGAUAAAAGUGGAGAAUCAGUUGCUGUCCCGGCUAAUGAUCCUGUCAGUGAUAAUACAAGCCCACUCAUGUCAAGUGCUGUACAGUUGAAUAACCAGUCAGCUUUAACUGCAGAAGAUCCGGUCUCAAUGAUGGAUUCCAUACUCAAUGAGAAUGGAGUAAUUUCACAGAAUAUAAAUCUUCUUGGAAAAGUUGAACUUCUGGAUUAUCUUGACAGUAUCGACUGCAGUUUAGAGGACUUUCAAGCUAUGUUAUCAGGACGACAGUUCAGCAUAGAUCCAGAUCUCCUGGUCGAUCUUUUUACAAGCUCCGUGCAGAUGAAUCCCACAGAUCAUAUCACUAAUACCAAAGUGGAGACAAAGGGAAUAGAAACUACCAAGAAUAAUGCUGGUCCAGUGACUUCACAGGACACACAGGUUUCCAGGCCCAAAUCAGAUACGCAACUGAUACAGUACACCGCGUUUCCUCUCCUGGCAUUCCUUGAUGGGAACCCAGGCUCAGCUGUUGAGUGUGGGAGCUCUUCAGCUGGAACUCCUUCCUCUGCUGACAGACCCCUGGAAGUGGAUGAGCUCCUGGAGAGCAGCCUGGACCCAGAGCCAACCCAGAGCAAACUGGUGCGGCUGGAGCCGCUGACAGAGGCAGAAGCCAGCGAAGCCACCCUGUUCUAUCUAUGUGAACUUGCCCCAGCACCCAUGGACACAGACAUGCCAUUCUUGGAUAACUGAUGUGAUGGGGACUCUGUAUAUAGUCAAGAAGAAGAACUAUUUAUUUAGAAUAUUGUUUGGUAUAGGAGUUUUUGUAAAUCACUGUUUUAUGUAACCAGAUACAAUGGAAUCUGAAAUACCUUUCCUAUGUUGCUUCCUACAAGCGAUUGUUGAACUGCACGGUUAGAUAAGCUGUCAGACACGGUUGGCAAUACCAGGUCAGACUGUUACUGUACUGCUGUCACACACUUGGUAUUACACAUAUUGCUGCAUAUCCCAGGUAACUGAAUACUUGUUAAUAGUAAGCUUUGAAUGAUGAUUUCUUAUACUUCUGGUCUUAUGUAUGAUGACGUAAAAUAGUAGUGUAUGGUUAGGGAGCACUGACUUUCUGUAUCUUGUUUUUUUUUUCUCUAUUUUUUACAACAUUUUGUUUAACAAACAUGAAGCUUUUUUGGGGUGGGGGGGACCAGGACCUGAUGUAGGCUUUUUUUUUUCCCUGCUUGAACUGGGAACAAAGUGCCUGUACCUUGCUAAAUCUUGGUUCUGCCUUACUUUCACUUCAGUGGAAGUGCUCACACACAGCACAAACUGGGGAAAAGUUCCUUACAGCCACCGGGCCCCUUGACUGCAUGAGUACUUUUGACUUGGACCAUCUACUCUGAUAAAAUAAAUGUUACUUAAGUGUGACACCUUUUAA